AUGGUCAACGCAUUCGCUGAGGAACUGAAGGCUCGCGGCAACGAGGCCUUCGCAGCGAAGCGCUUUGAGGAUGCCAUAGUGCUUUACGACAAGGCCAUCGAGAUGGACUCGACGAACUUCAUCUACUACAACAACCGCGCUGCAGCCUACCACGAGCUAAGGAACUACGCCAAAGCGAUCGAGAAUGCCAACAAGUCUAUCGAAAUCGAGAAUAACGCCAAGGGGCACAUCCGCCUCGGAGCCGCGCUGUGGGCGCAGAUGAAGUACUGCGAGGCAAAAGGCGAGUUCGAAGUGGCAGCAACGAUGGAUCCCUCGAACAAGUUCAUCAAGGACAGUAUUCAGUCCCUGGAGAAGCUCAUCAACCCAAUGCCCUCCGUCUCUGGCUUCGCGCAUCGACGCGGCGUGCCGCACCCGUAUGAGUACGCCCGCGCCGCGGCAGCAGCCAACGCGGCAGUGCAGGCGUUCGGCGGCGAGUUUGUGUCGGUGGAAACAGGCACGAUAGGUCUCAUCCUUGACGUUGCCGUCAUCGUCCUGGCGGCGCUUCAGGUGGUGGCGUCGAUGUUUGUGCCGUCCAUGGCCAGGUCCCUCUGGCCGUACAUUCUACUCAUCACGAUGGGUCAGCAGGCCUUGGUGAUGCGCGUGCGCAACCUUCUGAAGUUCAAGAUGGACAUCCUGAGCUCAUGGAUGACCCACUUCUCUUCCCUGCUGUUUAUUCUAUGUUUCUUCGCCCAGCUUACCGGCGUGCGGCCGAUCAUGUUCAUGGAGGUUUUCAUCGCUGCCUACAGCAUGCUCGACCUCGUGCAUAAGCGGCAGCAGAUAGCCGAACUGAUGGGUCCUCAGUACCGGUACAUUGCCCCGUACGUGCAACAAGCCGAUGGGGCCAAGGAUACGAUUCGCAUCUUCAGUGCUACCGUCGAGGCGCUGCUGCUGUUCAUUAUCAUGUUCACCGGUGGCGCCUUCUUCACUCUGGUGUACAUUCAGUACGCAAAGUACCGCUACAACCACGACGGCUACGUGAAGCUCGCCUUUAAGGGGUUGCGGAUGAACAUCACCCGCAUGACCACCAGCUCCUUCAUGCCAGCGGUGGUCGACAAGUAUGCCCAGAUGUUCUUUGACCUCCUCGACAAGGUUGCCACCCAGCCCGUUUAA